GCAAGUCCUUCAUGCUGAACCACUUUCUGCGGUACCUGCAGGCCGGCUGCGGCACCGCCGACUGGCUCGCCGACCCGAGCGCCCCGCUGAAGGGCUUCAGCUGGCGGGGCGGCUGCGCCCGCGACACCACCGGCAUCCUCAUGUGGAGCGAGCCCUUUGUCAUCAAGCGGGACGACGGCACCGAUGUGGCCGUGGUGCUCAUGGACACCCAGGGCGCCUUUGACAGCGAGUACACGGUGAAGGACUCGGCCACGGUCUUUGCCCUCUCCACCAUGACCUCCUCCAUUCAGGUGUUCAACCUGAUGCACAACCUGCAGGAGGACAACCUGCAGGUGCUGGAGAUCUUCCUCGAGUACGGCCGCCUCGCCCUCGAAUCGGUCCACGAGAAGCCCUUUCAGAAGCUGAUCUUCCUCAUUCGCGACUGGUCCUACCCCUACGAGCACCCGUACGGCUUCGAGGGCGGCGCCCGCCUGCUGGAGAAGAAGCUGGAGCUGAAGGAGACGAUGCCCGAGCAGCUGCAGCGCGUCCGCCGCAAGAUCAAGCAGUGCUUCCGCGAGAUUGGCUGCUUCCUCAUGCCCCACCCGGGCAGUCGGGUGGCCACCAGUCCGCAGUUUGACGGCCGAACGGUCGACUACGACCCGGACUUUCGCGACAACCUGAAGACCUUUGUGCCCGACCUGCUCGCCCCCGGGAAGCUCAUUCCCAAGGAGAUUGGCGGCCGGUACGUCUCCGGGCGGGAGCUGCUCGAGUACUUUAAGGUGUACAUUAAUGUCUUUGCUGGCGACACGAUGCCCGAGCCGAAGACGAUGCUCGAGGCGACGGCCGAAGCGAACAACCUCACCGCCGUGGCCAUCAUCAAGGACGUCUACGUGGUGGAGAUGGAGAAGAUCUGCGGCGGCGCUCAGCCCUUCAUCAACCCCGCCCACCUGGAGGCGAAGCACGGCGAGGUGAUGGCCAGCUGCAUGGACCAGUUCGACCAGAUUCCGAAGAUGGGCGGCACAGAGUUCAGCACCGGCUACCGCAACAAGCUCGAGGAGGAGCUGAACACCUCCUUUGAGCACUUUGCCAUUCAGAAUCGCAGCAAGAAUGUCUUUGGUCUGUUCGGCACUCCGCUGAUCAUGCUCUUCGCCUGCUUCAUCUGCCUGCUCACCUCGCGCUUCCUCGAGAUUCUCGGCAUGGAGCGCAUCAGCAAUGGCUUCUUCACGCUGGGCACCGUCGACCUGGGCCUGAUGAUCGCCUACGUCGUUGGCCGCUACACCGGCAACUACCCCGAGUUUAUCACCUUCGUGGACCACUACGCCGAGGUCGUCUGGCUCUUUUCAAUGGAUCAAAUGCAGANUGGUAGUGGAAAACCUUCCACAACUCCUACGCUGAAGAAUCGUCGCAAGACUGUCGAACAUCCUUAG